CGUUAGCCAGCCUUUCUGCUACUGCGGGAUUCGGUCCGAGCGGUAGGGUCCAAUACUCCGGUUCGUUUUUCUGAACUGCGUGGUGAGUUACCUCUCUUACCGGGUGGUUCUGGCUGCCGCUUCACGUUGGUGAAGUUGUACACGCUCCGAAAACGGUAUGCUAAUAGUUAGCUUGGCGACAGAAGGCGUGUUUGAGUGGCAGGGGGCGUCAGCCAAAAGAAAGAGGAAGGUGAGGAAGUUCCCCGCUUUGUUAUGCUGAAACUCCCCAUCAUUUUUUGGCAUUUCCCUCAGGUGUUGUGUGUCCGCCUGUCCACCUCAUUCAUCAUGUACCCACUAAGUGGUGUCCAUCUCCUUUCUUUCCUGGUCCAACUGUCUCUCCUCUCCAUGUGUCCAAAGUAAACCAUCCAGCCUGCCUAUCUGUGCCUCCAAAUCCGAGCUCUCCCUCUGAUAAUCUGAUUUCUGAUCAUGUCCUUUCCAGUCAUGACACCCCCAGUUGUCUUCCCUUUGACUCCAACUGAUGCUGCGACGUCCUCCUGAAGAUUCAAACAGAAAAAGGAAACCAAUCUGUGUGGUGUAAGCAUUUUGAACAUGCUCUCUGGCGAGGCAGGGUCCAGGUCUGUGCAGUCUCGUGGAGGAUGAACGCUGUCGCCAGCAGGGGCGACCUUCGUCAGCCUACUGAAGGUGAUGGACGUCUGAGGAGCUUUCCUUCCCCGGAUGUUGUCCGUAGAGCAGGAGAGGAAAUGUUCCCGGAGAGCAGGACCCAAUCAGGCCCAGAAGAACCGGCGCUGGAGCCGACCCUGCUGCAGUCCAAACGGCGUCACGUCUGCGCUGUGUGUCACAGAGAGUUCACGUGUCCAUCGCGCCUGGCCGACCACAUGUGGUGUCACACGGGCCACAAGCUGCACUGCUGCGCUCUGUGUGGCAAACGCUUCACCAAGAAGAUCAACCUGACGGUCCACCAGCGGGUGCACACGGGCGAGAAGCCCUUUUCCUGCCCCGACUGCGGCGUCAGCUAUGCCCAGCUCAGCUGUCUGCGCAGACACCGGCUCAGCCACGCCCCGCAGAAGCCCUUCCAGUGCUCCGUGUGCGGCCGUGGCUUUGUCCAGCGCCGCUCGCUGGUGCAGCACCAGAGGACGCACACGGGCGAGCGACCGUACGCUUGCACCCUCUGCCCUAAACGCUUCGCCUCCCGCUCCGGGCUCAUCGACCACCAGAACACGCACUCGGAGGAGAGCACGCUGGUCUGCGGCCUCUGUCAGAAGGUCUUCACCACGCCGUCGUCGCUGCGAGACCACCUGAGGCUGCACACAGGCCAGAAGCUGCAUCCUUGUCUGCUCUGCUCCAAGAGCUUCAACCGACCUGGGCUGCUCAAGAAGCACCUGCUCACUCACCCCCAGUACCGGCCUGAGGGGGGUUCACCGCAGGUGGGCGAUGGACAAAGGAAAGAGGAAACACCCCCACCUGUCAAGAAGCACAGCUGCCACGUCUGUGGGAAGGUCUACUCCAGAGCCACCUACCUGCGAGACCACCUGAAGAACCACGACGGGGAGAAGGUUCACUUCUGCUGGCUGUGUGAAAAGUCCUUCAGCAGCUCCAACAACCUGCGGGCCCACCAGAAGACCCACCUGGCGGACAAGCCCUUCCCCUGCAGCCUCUGUCCCAAGAGCUUCCUGCGCUCCAGUCAACUCCAAAACCACCUGAGGACCCAUGAGAGGGAUGAGCAGGUCAAGGAGCCGGCUGAGGAGCCUCCACAGGACGUGCAGAUUCACGACGACGCUUCAGACCAGGUAGCUGAUCUGUCUCUGACGGGAAGAGGGAGAUCACUUCAGAGCCGACGAGGAGGAGGUGACAGAGCUGAACGGGGACAUUGAGGAGUGAGACAUGAGCGUGUUGAUCAACGCUGAUGGAGAAGAGGAAAAUUGGAGGCCAGUGAAGAACCUCUGACCGUCCGUGAGGUCACGGCUGAUGGUGCAGACGGUGCCUAUGGCAGACCCAGCUGUCGGUGUCCUGUCUGCGGCCGCGACUGCUUCAAGAUGUCGGCGCUGCAGAAGCACCUGCGCAUCCACUCGGGCGAGCGUCC